AAUUCCCGGUUCGGGAUCCCAGUCCCGGUCCCGGGCAAUUCCCGGGGCAAUUCCCGGUUCGGGAUCCCAGUCCCGGUCCCGGGGCAAUUCCUGGUGCUGGAUCCCGAGGCAGGAUCCCGGGACAAUUCCGAAGUAAUUCCUGGAGCAAUUCCCGGCUCGGGAUCCCGGGGGCAGUUCCCAGUUUGGGGUCCCGGUUUGGGAUCCCGGUUCGGGACCCCGGGGCCGUUGCUGGAGCCGUUCCCGGUUUGGGAUCCCGGUUUGCCAUUCCCGGGGGUCCCGCCGCCCCCGGCCCCGCCCGUUCCCCCGCUGGCUCCGCCCGGGUCCGCUCCGAGCCGGGGGCGGGCGGCCCAGGGGAAGGGGAAGCGGCGGAUGCUCCGUGCCGGUUCCGACCGGCACCGGCGGCUCCUACCGGCACCGGAGCCAUGUCCCGGCGGCGCUGAGCCUCGUCCUCCUCUCCGCCCCUUCCACCACCAUGGGGAGCAUCUACAAGGAAUAUUGGAACCGCGACAAGAUCCGCGAGCACUACAACUUCACCAAGGGCGACGGGGGCGAGGCGGCGGCGCCCUCGCGCUGGGUGGGCUCCGUGCUCAUCGUCGUGCUGUGCUGCUUCAUCGUGCUGGAGAACCUGCUGGUGCUGGUGUCCAUCUGCCGCAACAAGCGCCUGCACCUGGCCAUGUACAUCUUCAUCGGCAACCUGGCGGCCUCGGACCUGCUGGCCGGCGCGGCCUUCAUGGCCAACACGCUGCUGUCGGGCAGCACCACCUUCAGCCUGACGCCCGUGCAGUGGUUCGUGCGCGAGGGCACGGCCUUCGCCACGCUGGCCGCCUCGGUGUUCAGCCUGCUGGCCAUCGCCAUCGAGCGGCACGUGGCCAUCACCAAGGUGAAGGUGUACAGCAGCGACAAGAGCUGCCGCAUGGUGCUGCUCAUCGGCGCCUGCUGGGUGAUCGCCGGCGCCGUCGGCAGCCUGCCCAUCAUGGGCUGGAACUGCAUCAGCGACCUGGGCGACUGCUCCACCGUGCUGCCGCUCUACUCCAAGCGCUACGUGCUCUUCGUCACCACCAUCUUCACGCUCAUCCUCAUGGCCAUCGUGGGGCUCUACACGCGCAUCUACUGCAUCGUGCGCUCCAGCCACGCCGAGAUCGCCGCGGCGCAGACGCUGGCGCUGCUCAAGACCGUCACCAUUGUGCUGGGCGCCUUCAUCGUCUGCUGGCUGCCCGCCUUCAUCAUCCUCCUGAUGGACGCCUCGUGCCCCGUGCGCGCCUGCCGCGUGCUCUACAGCGCCAAUUACUUCUUCGCCUUCGCCACGCUCAACUCGGCGGCCAACCCGGUGAUCUACAUGCUGCGCAGCAAGGACAUGCGCAGCGAGUUCCUGCGCGUGCUCUGCUGCUGCGGCCGCACCCGGGGCCGUGGGCAGCCCCCCGGCCGGGCGGGGGUCCCGCUGCGCACGCCCAGCUCGCUGGACAGGGGCCCGGCCGGCCCCGCGGCCGAGCUGCCCACGGCGCCGCUGACCCGCGAGUGCACCACGUCCGUGUGAGGCUGGGAGAGG